AGACAUAAACAACUUCAACUUACACAUAAUCUCUCACUUUUAAAUCAAUCUCUCUCUACAAAAUCAAUUUUAAUGUUGGUGGGAAAGAUAAGUGGAUAUGAAGAUAACACUCGCUCUUUGGAGCGAGAAACAUCUGAAAUCACUUCUCUUCUCAGCCAAUUUCCGGGGAAUACUAAUGUUCUUGUUGUUGACACCAAUUUCACCACUCUACUCAAUAUGAAACAAAUCAUGAAACAAUACGCCUAUCAAGUGACUAUUGAGACAGAUGCAGAAAAAGCUCUUGCGUUUUUGACAAGCUGCAAACAUGAAAUUAAUCUUGUGAUUUGGGAUUUUCAUAUGCCUGGAAUUGAUGGACUUCAAGCUCUCAAGAGCAUUGGUUCAAAGAUGGAUUUACCUGUAGUGAUUAUGUCUGAUGAUAAUCAAACGGAAUCGGUGAUGAAAGCAACAGUAUAUGGUGCUUGUGACUAUGUUGUGAAACCGGUUAAAGAAGAGGUAAUAGCCAAUAUAUGGCAACACAUUGUACGGAAGAUGCUGAUGUCUAAACCCGAUGUGGUUCCACCGGUUCAAUCAGAUCUGGGUCAGUCUGUUGGUUUAGGCCAAGACAAAGCUGAUUUCAAGAUCGUAGACGAAGAACCAAACAUCAAUGAGAAACAGCUGAUCACAAGGACCGAAGAUAUUCAACCGGUUCAAGUCGACGAGGUAGGCCAACUCAAUGACUAUUCCAAAAUCAUGAACCAAGAUAACAUGUUCAACAAAGCAGCAACGAAACCGCGAAUGCCAUGGACCGAAGUAAUUCAACCGGUUCAAUCAGAUCUGGUUCAAGCUAAUGAAUUCGGCCAACUCAAUGACUAUUCCCAAAUCAUGAACCAAGAUAACAUGUUCAACAAAGCAGCAAAGAAACCAAGACUGACAUGGACCGAUGUAUUUCAACCGGUUCAAUCAUAUCUGGUUCAGGCUGACGGUUUAGACCGAGACUACCUUGAUUCCAUAACCAUAAACGGAGGUGACGGCAGACAAAACAUGGAAAAGAAAGAAGCAAAAAAGCCUCGCAAGCCGCGGAUGACAUGGACCGAAGAUCUUCACCAAAAAUUUCUGGAAGCCAUCGAAAUCGUUGGUGGCAUCGAAAAAGCUAAUCCAAAGGUACUUCUCGAGUGCUUGCUAGAAAUGAAGGUAGAAGGAAUUACUAGAAGCAAUGUGGCCAGUCAUCUUCAGAAACACCGUAUCAAUCUUGAAGAAAACCAAAUUCCUGAAGAAACAGAAGAGAAUGGUUGGUCCACUGCGUAUAAUAGACCAGCUCCUUCUCUCCAAGGUUCAGAGAAUGUCAACACAACAAUACCAUCGUACCUAAUGAAUGGACAAGCAGUGAACCAGAUCCAGCCGAAUCAAUAUCAAAAUGGUUACUUGACAAUGAACAACAACCAGUUCAUAACCAAUCCUCUGCCUCCUUUGCCCUAUAUUGACCAUCAGAUUCUCCACCAGCAUCAACAACAGCAAUAUCAGUCUCCUCCUCAACUUAAUUACCUGAUGAGCAAUGAAGAACUUCAUCAAGCCUCUGGCCUCUCUGCAACGGAUCUUGAACUCACUUAUCCAAGUUUACCAUAUGAUCCACAAGAGUACCAAAUCAAGGGCUACAAUUAUAAUUAGUCAUAGAGUACUCUCUUACUUAAGGCAGUCUAUGUAGGAGAUUCUUUGGUUCUAGGGACAUUCGAGGCUGUGAGACAUAAUAUGCGACUUCUUUUGUGAGUCACAAUAUUUUGUCAUUAAUCUUUCAUGUUAACUCAUUAUAUAUCCCCAUUUCUCCUUUUCUAAUAAAUAUUUUUUUAUGGA